AGAAGGAGGCGGCUUGCGGUGUUUUUUGCGGUGCGCCGAAGUUUAACAACAUUUGCUGCGUUGUUUGAAAACCUACCUGCAGGUCCUCUGCAAUGCCUGUCAAACACAGCAGAUCUUUAUUCGACACAUUUUCAACCGGAUAACCCCGAUCUGGCGUUUGGAUUACUACUUUAGUUAUUGUAAAUCAAUUCAUUGUUUCUUUUUUUUUGGGAGCUAUUUUUUUUAUAGCGUUUGGACUUGUCUCAAGUAACGGGUGCAGUCACACAGUGUCCCCACAACAGCUGACUGGAGUCGCAGACAGGAGACGCACGCGUGUAUCCUCCUUCUGGUUGGGAUUUAUUUUAAAACAGGAAGACUGAAAGCUGGUCAACAUGUCGCUAAGCAGAUGUAUUGAAUUUGAACACUUUGAGGAACGAGAGAAGCCUCACCGGACACCGAGGACUAACUCUGGCUCCGGGUCCCAGUCCGGCUCCAGAGGGAACGGGGUGGUCCCCAGCCCAGCGAACAGUGCGCACUGUAGCUUCUACCGGACCCGCACCCUCCAGUCCCUCACCUCCGAGAAAAAAGCCAGAAAAGUGCGGUUUUAUCGCAAUGGGGACAGAUAUUUUAAGGGUUUGGUGUAUGCCAUAUCUAGCGACAGGUUCCGGUCCAUGGAUGCUCUGCUCAUGGAGCUCACAAGGUCUCUGUCGGACAAUGUCAACCUUCCUCAAGGAGUCCGGACCUUAUACGCUUUGGAUGGAGGCAAGAGGAUCACCAGUCUGGAUGAGUUAGUAGAGGGUGAGAGUUAUGUGUGUGCCUCAAACGAGCCCUUCAGACGAGUGGACUACAACAAGAACGUUAACCCUAACUGGGCCGUGGGCAGCAAAACGGGCACAUCGCGCUCCCUCUCCUGUCUCCUCCCGUCCAAGAGCGAGCUGCAGCGUGAGUCCAAGGACUUCAUCAAACCCAAACUAGUCACAGUCAUCCGCAGCGGAGUGAAACCCCGCAAAGCAGUGCGGGUGCUGCUCAACAAGAAGACGGCUCACUCCUUUGAUCAGGUGCUCACUGACAUCACAGACGCUAUCAAGCUGGACUCUGGAGCUGUGAGGAGGCUGUACACUUUGGAGGGCAAGCAGAUUAUCUGUCUGCAGGACUUCUUCGGGGACGAUGAUGUGUUUAUUGCGUGUGGCAUGGAGAAACACCGCCAUACGCAGGAUGACUUCCUGUUGGAUCACAGUGAAUGCAGAGUGAUAAAGUCGUCGCACAGCCGCUCUGCGACUCCAAACCGGACCGCCAAGAGCCCCGGACCCUCCCAACGCAGCAAGUCCCCCGGUGCAGCAAGGCAAACUGUCCACUUCUCCACCUGCCAGUCUCCAGUCAAAUCCCCAGUGAACGGUAUCUCAAUCAGCCAGAUCUCAACUCCAAAGUCCACCAAGUCCUCCACUCCGUCCCCCACCAGCCCCCGAACCACCCCCACUUUCAAGAUCCCUCCAACACAGCACACCCCGUCUUCAAAUGCAAAUGGCUCUCUGAACAACCACCAGGAGCAAAGCAAUCCACUCAGUCCAGAGGCAGUUAAUGGGAACGGCUACCCGCCUGCCUCUGCCAUAUCUGAGAAAUACAAGAUUGGGAAGGUCAUCGGAGAUGGGAACUUUGCUGUGGUCAAAGAGUGUGUGGAGAGGUCCACCGGAAAAGAGUUUGCAUUGAAGAUCAUCGACAAGGCCAAGUGCACUGGAAAGGAGCACCUCAUAGAGAAUGAGGUGGCAGUGCUGCGGAGGGUGAAGCAUCCCAACAUCAUCAUGUUGAUCGAGGAAGUGGACACUCCUUCUGAACUCUACCUGGUGAUGGAGCUAGUGAAGGGCGGAGAUUUAUUUGAUGCCAUCACGUCCUCGGCCAAGUACACAGAGAGAGACGCCACGGUGAUGGUGUACAACCUGGCUGCAGCUCUGAAGUACCUGCACAGCUCCAACAUCGUCCACAGAGACAUCAAACCAGAGAACCUGCUGGUGUUUGAGUAUCCAGAUGGCACCAAGUCACUGAAACUGGGGGACUUUGGCCUGGCCACGGUGGUGGAAGGACCGUUAUACACUGUGUGUGGAACGCCUACAUAUGUGGCUCCAGAAAUCAUCUCGGAGUCAGGUUAUGGUCUGAAGGUGGAUAUCUGGGCUGCAGGUGUCAUCACCUACAUCCUCCUGUGUGGCUUCCCUCCAUUUAGAAGUGAGAACAACAUGCAGGAGGAUCUGUUUGACCAGAUCCUUCUGGGGCGACUGGAGUUCCCCGGCCCUUACUGGGACAACAUCACUGACUCAGCCAAGGAGCUGAUUGGGAAGAUGCUGCAGGUGAACGCUGAGGCUCGGUACUCAGCGCAGGACAUCCUCUCCCACCCUUGGCUCACGGACGAGGCAGUGAUGGAGAACAACAUGAAGAUGGAGGUGACAGGUAAACUGAAGACGCACUUUAACUCUGCGCCCAAUCAAAACCACACCUCGGCCGGGGUGACCGUCAUCAUGAGCACGGCUCUGGAUAAGGAGACCCUGCAGCUCGCCUCCCGCCUCCCUCGGCCUCAGACUCUCUCGUGUCCUCCCUCAGCGGCUGGAGACACCGUCCCUCCUGCAGUCAAACCAGCGUCUCCCACCAAACAGGCAUCACCUGCCAAAAAAACUAAACCCUCCACGCCUGCUCGAGUCAAAGCACCGAACACCGCUGCUGUGCCUGAUGCUGCCUCCCCCUCUGACCCCCCCUGCUGUCUGUCCCUGACUGACGGAGAUGAUGUCCCUCCCUCUGCUCCUGUGAGGUCCAAUCAUAUCUCCUGUUUUCCCUCUGAAGAAACUCCCCCUGUUUCCUCUGAUCCCAAGAUAAGCACAUCUGCUGCCCCCGGCUUUUCUCUCCAAACUCCCUCCCCCUCUGGCCCACCUGAUCUGUUCACCUGCAACUCUCCCUCCUCACCCGUCUCCUGCCCUUCCCCAUCAUCACCCAACAAUCCAUCCUCCCUUCCCCUCUCUUCUCCCUACAAACAGGCUUCUACUUCUCCCUCUUCUCCCACUAAGCCUGCCUCUCUUUCUCCCUCAUCUCCCACCAAACGAGUCUCUCCCACCAAAGAGGCAACAUCCCUCUCUUCCUCUCCCACUAAACCCUCCUCUCUUUCUCCCUCAUCUCCCACCAAACGAGUCUCUCCCUCCUCUCCCACCAAAGAGGCAACAUCCUUCUCUUCCUCUCCCACUAAACCCUCCUCUCUUUCUCCCUCUUCUCCCACAAGACAAGCCCUUAUUCCUCCCUCUUCUCCCUCUAAGCCUGCCUCUCUUUCUCCCUCAUCUCCCACCAAACGAGUCUCUCCCUCCUCUCCUACCAAAGAGGCAACAUCCCUCUCUUCCUCUCCCACUAAACAAUCCUCCCCCUCCCCAGCCUCCCCCAUCCAACAGGUCAUUCUAUUCCCUUUCUCCUCCCCAACCAGACAGGAGCCUUCCUCCCCAUCUCCCAUGCAUCCCACCCUGUUUCCCUCUCCUCCCUCCACACCUCCCAGAUCAGUCUCCCCCGCUGACCCUCCCUCUCUGAGCCCUGUACCUGCUGAGGAGCUGAUAGAGAUUUAAACGGUAACUCCAAUGUGACCCCUCACUCCUUUUAUUUUCACGUGUCAGUAAACAUGGAGCAUUUCCAGUAGCUGUAAACUGAGCCAGUGACUGCUGUCCCUUUCUCUGUCCCUCUUAUCCAGCUCAUGUUCAGAGACACAUGUUCUCUCAGUGUGUUUGUGAUUGUAUAUAUGUUUGUAUUUAUUAAUGGAGGAUGAGGAGAAAGGGAAUGAAACUGAGUGGUUUGUGUUUAGAAGUCAUGCAUUACUGUGUAACUUAAUGUGAAUUAUUUUGUUUAUUUAUCGUUAUCCCAUUUUGACUUGCCUGUGGCUCUUUUGUGAAUAGACCACCACACGACUGCUUUAGAAAGAGACGCUAGAGUAAUACUACAUUAAAAUUAUAUCAGCAUAUCAAAUGUCUGAACGUACUAGCCUAGCAUCCUGUCGUGCAACCCGGAUGUAACCACUAUCAGUUUGUGACAGCCCCCCCCCCCCCCUAUAUGGUAAACACAGAUGUUCCUAUAAAGUGUUAAAGUACAUUACAGUAGGUUGACAACAUGUAGUUAAUACCUACCAAAUGAAUACAAAGGAGUUAGUAAAUGUGUCUGUCCGCAGAGGUUCCUGACCUUUUUGGCUUGAAACACCUAAACAUGUACGUGUCUACUUGACCCCUUGUUAUGAGUUAUCUGCUUUUGGGCCAUUCCUACCAAAGAUUCAAAUUAUUUUUAUUCGAAUACAUUUCAAGGCCUAAAAAUGAUUCUUCUUGCAAAAGGUAAAUAUCAGGAUAAAACAUUACGAUUUUGCUGCUUUCCAAUCCUGCUAAUCAUCUCCAAACCCCUCAGGUUUAUCUUGUGACCCCCCAGAUAUCAUACAAUAUGAGGUUUAUGUCACCAUCACAAUACAAUGGAGGAUUUGUGUUUGUGGGGCCUGAAAGAUUAUUUUUAAUAAUACAGAUUACAAUUAUUUGUAGUGAGAUACCAGGACACAACAUGGAAAUGUAAUUUUUAAUAAUACUGAUAUGAAUAAAACUCUCCACCUCCAAUGCAUUAGUCAGAGCUGUACUUACUUUUCAGAGAAACAUAUCUAAAAAAACAAACUCAUGAAAAUGAAAAUAAAUGCCAGUAUGUCUUGCUUUGUUUUACAGAAGUCAAUUUGGAAAAUUAAUUUGUGCAUCAACUCUAACUCAUGCAUCAACAUACUGUUUGUAUUAUUUCAUGAGAACACUAGAAGAACUUUAUUUGUCCACCUGAAACUUGAAGGUGUGUAUUGCCGACGUGUGUCUGAGCAUUUAAUGGCCAUCAAUUUCAUAAAAAAAACAGCUGUACAUAAAAAUAGAUCCAUUAGACAUAAAACCAUAUAUAAUAUUUUUGUUUGAAUGAACUGGGAUUUUCAAAACUAGAAUGCUUUCUGCUGCAACUUAAACACAGAAGAUGUUUAUAGAGCAGUUGAUAUAACAGACAGCGCUGCACUGUGUAUUAAAAUAAGUCGACCCUGUUUUUCCAAAUACUCGCACAGUGGUUUAGAUUUGUUGGAUUUAUGUGAAUUAAUGUGUUGUCAAGGUGACGGUUGUGCCUGACCACUUGCUAACAGCUCAUUACUUAAUAAUGCCAUCAUCAAAACCAGCCCAGCUGAACGAUGGGGUUUAAGUUAAGUGUUUUUGUCGUGUACCCGUGUUAAACUACGCUAGUAUGGCUAACUCCUUUAUCUCUUCAGGACUCCCAGCUGCAUGCAUGCACUUCCUGCCUCCCUUUAAGACAGAAACCCUCUCACACACAGUCAAGUUGGUACAUUUAGCUUCCUCUUAUGUAGCCUAUAUGUAGGUAAAGGAUUUUCAUAUGCCGUUUGUAAAGGGAAACAUUUGUAUGGAAAGGCAGUUUUAAAAACAGGUUUAUCAUCUGUGUCAAACUGCAGAAAUGGUUUUUAUUAGGCAAAGAGUGGCUGCUUUUAAUGUCCCACUGUUUUGAAACAGAAGAAAGGCAAACGAUGCAAUAAAGACUUCAAAUUAA